ACAGUCAUCGGUGUAGCGUCGGAUCUAUUGCCUGCUUAUACUUAAAGCUCACGAUACAUUUAUAAGUAUUAAUGCGUAUAUUAUUUUAUAUAAAAAGUAUAAAGUGAUCACAAUGCAGUAUCUUCAAUUAUUGCUGCUGUUUGCGGUGUCUCAAACCCAUUGCGAUUUACGACUGGAUCCGACUGGUAAUCAGUGGUUGAAAUCUAUUUUAAGUAAUAAACAAACGCCCUCGCAACAAACCAUAGAUACUGCAGAUAAAUGUUUAACGCCAAAUCAAGAGAAAGGCCGGUGUGUAAAGCCAAGCGAGUGUAUGGAUAAAGCUGAUGAUGAUGAUGAAAUAGAUCUCGAACAGUUAAAUGUAUUCAGGAUGCACGAUUGCCACUAUUUGCUGAAGUGUUGUCCAUUGGCUCGGCUAAUACAACAGCCGACCACGGCGCCACCAGUGACUCAAGCGCCCCGCGUGGGUUGUGGCUGGUCUAAUCCUAACCUGAGUAAAAUCAAAAAUGCUGGUACAAACUACGCGAAAUUUGGAGAAUUCCCUUGGAUGGUCGCUUUGUUGCGUAAAUCUUCCCUUGCUUGGGUGCAAAAGGACUAUUUGGGGGGAGGUUCGCUGAUUCAUCCCUCCGUUGUGAUGACAGCAGCGCAUAAGGUCAACAUUGUGACCAAAAAUGAGCUCAAAUGUCGUGCAGGAGAAUGGGACACACAGACCCUCAAUGAGGACUAUGAACACCAAGAAAGAAAUGUAGCGAAAAUUAUAUCACAUGAAGGAUUAUGGUUAAAAACAGGCCUCAAUAAUAUAGCGCUAUUGUUUCUGGAGCAGCCUUUCGAUUUAACUGGUGCCCCCCACAUAGGCAUCGCAUGCUUAGGGCAGAUUAGGCCCAGGGACGGUACAUCUUGCACUAGCAUGGGCUGGGGGCAAGAAGAUUUCAAUAACGCAAACAAAUAUGCGGUUAUAUUAAAGAAGGUGCAGCUACCAAUAUACAACAGAGUUCAAUGCCAGGCGAAUAUACGCAAAUUCAGAAAGCUUCGCAAAUGGGAUAUGCACGAUUCUAUGAUGUGUGCUGGCGGUGAGGAAGGUGUCGACACCUGCUUGGGAGACGGUGGUUCACCGCUAGUCUGCGAAAUAGAUGGCUCGAAACGCUACGCGGUUUACGGGAUGGUCGCUUUUGGCGUUCAAUGUGGAAGGAAGGACACCCCAGGGGUUUACACUGACGUUGCGUAUUUGUACGACUGGGUGCGGAACACAAUGAUAGGAGAAGGGCUGUCGACGGACUCUUUUGAAUAUUGAGACGGACUAUUGCAUGUAAUAGUUGAAACUACUAACCAGCGAAGUUGAUCAUGCUGUUAUUGUAGGGAAAUAUAAAUAAAAUUUACUGAA